UGUGGUAUGACUGUGACUGGUAUUAUUGAUAUAAUUUGAAGAAUGUCAUUUGAAGCAUUAUUCAUUAAACAAUAAUAUAUAACAAAACAGCAAAGAGCCGUUGUAUACCAUCGAAGCCAAUUUUAAUUUUUUUAGAGAAUUGAUUUUGAAUUUUCCAGCAUUAUUUUAGUUUACCUUUACCCUGAUAUUUUGAGUUUUUACGACUUUCACUAGUGAUUAUAAAUAAUCCAAGAAGAAAAAUGUCCAUCCAUUGGAAAUAUACACUUUUUCUACUGUUAUUCUUAUCUACAUUCAUUCCAGUAUUUCCAGAAGAAUGGAUAGACCCUUAUGAUAUGAACAUAAAACCUCACAUAAAACCAGAAAAAAACAUCAAAGUCUCUGCAAUACCUGCUAUUGAGGAAAACCCAAUGAAUAAUGAUUGUUUGAAGCAUGAAAAAGCCUCUGAAAUAGCAACAGAAGAUACCUCUACUGUAUACUUGAAACGUGUAGUUGGCAUGAUAUUAAAUUUCCCUACUGUAGAUAAUGUGGGGCAAAAUGUUAGAAGUGGUAAAUAUGUAUUAGAUACUGACAGCCAAAAUUACAGGUUUUUACUUGAAUUCACCCAAAAAGAGAACAUCAACAUACAAGACCUAAGAACUUUAGACUCCAUAUUGAGCAAUGUAUUUGAUAAAAAAAUUAAAGAUGAUGUUCUUGACUUCAUCUCCAGCUCACAAAAAAACAUAUCUGCUUUGAUUAUCAGUGUUGAAACUUUGACACUAGUGUGUAUCUGUGUUGGUUUGUACAUAGUGUAUAACUUAUUCAAGUCCAAAUUUUCAUUCUGGUAUAUAAUUGGCUAUCUUCUUACCAUUGUACUUAUCAUUGACUAUGGAGUUAGGUAUCGGAUGCUAUAUGAGGAAGUUGAGGAACAUAAUAUGAAAGUACAGUAUUCUGAUGAAUGUGAUACCAAUAAAAUGAGCUGGAAAGAAUAUUUCUUGUUUAUUGCUGAUCAACGAAAGUGUGAGAGAAGAUACAUAACCCCUCUGGAAGUUGCUUUAUUUCAAGUUAAGCAUAUUAUAAUUAUCCCAAUGUCAGCUAUGGGAACAGGAAUGGGUAAUUUUGGGAAUGAAUUGUGGAGAGCCUUGCCUUUUCCCUGGAACUUGCUCAUUUUCCCGCUAAUGUUAUCUUUCGUACUCGUAUUGGUGGCCAUAAUGAUGACGUCUCUGAACGGCUCGCCCUUCAGAUUCAACUUGUUGCAUUUGAUACAGUUGGAAUUCGGGAAGAGAUCAGAUGAAACCAACAGAGUGUCAGGCCCAACGUUGGACAGACUGCUAGAUUCCGUACGGGGGGGGAUUCACCGACCUAUGGUACAAGAUUUAUCCUCUGCUUCAGAAUCCAAUAGAAAAAAACCGAGGAAGCAGAUUAAAAAUAAGGAAUCUUCUCCUCCCAAGGGAAAUAUUGAUAGUUCUCCAAAAGAUAAACAAGUGGAGAAAGAUGGACAAGAAUCGAAGUCAUCAAAAUCUCAGCGGACAACGCCAGCUAAACUAGGAGGAUCGAAUAGUGUUAGUGCUCCUGCAUCAAUUGAAAAAAACCGUUCAAAGGUGGAAAAUUCGAGUAGCAGUCUUGAUGUUUCUUCUGGGAGUAAGGAAGACUCGAAAGACUAAAUGAGUGAUAUUUUUUUGAUUAUACUUAAAAAAUAUAUCUAGGUAUUGUAGCACAACCAUCCUGUGACUAUUUGAAAUGGAUUUUAAAUAUAUUCUUUAUAAAAGGAAAAA